AUGACUUCUGAACACUGCAGCCCCCUUCUCAGUGGGUGGGUUUCAGAGGCCCAUGCUGCUUCUCUGUGCCUCGUGGCCAACGUGGUGCAGCCCAACCAGCUCCAUGUGGGCUCGACCCCUCUGGGCCGCCCUAUCCUCUGCCUGCCCCUCAGCUGCCACACUGCUUGUCCCUUGCCAGGGACCUGCCACAUUCCCACUAACAUUGGGAGCUGCGGGACCUACAGCGAAGGCACCCUGAACGGCUACGAGAAGGAGACCAUGCGGUUUCUGAAUGACCGCCUGGCCAACUACUUGGAGAAGUUGCGCCAUCUGGAGCUGGACAAUGUAGAGCUGGAGACCAAACUCCGUGAGUGGAACACAUGCCACGAGUCCAGCGUGUGCCUGAACUACCAAUCCUACUUUCGUGUCAUCGAGGGGCUGCAGCUGAAGAUCCUGUGCACCAAAUCUGAGAACAACAGGCUGGUCAUGCAAACAGACAAUGCCAAGUUGGCUGCGGAUGACUCCAGGACCAAGUAUGAGAUGGAGCAUUCGCUGUACCAGUUGGCGGAGGCUGACAUCUGUGGCCUGCGUAAGGCACUGGACAACCUUACCCUCACCAAGUGUGACCUGGAGGCCCAGCUGGAGUCCCUGAAGGAAGAGCUUCUUUACCUUAAGAAGGACCACUCACAGGAAGCCCACACACUGAAGAGCCAGCUGGGGGAUAAGCUGUGGAUCGAGCUAGACACAGAGCCCACCAUGGACUUGAGCUGCAAGCUGGGAGACAUGAGGGCCCAGUACGAGGCCAGGGUGGAGACUAACCGCCAGGAUGUCGAGCAGUGGUUCCAGGCCCAGUCUGAAGGCAUCAGCCUGCAGGCCAUGUUCUGUUCAGAGGAGCUGCAGUGCUGCCAGUCUGAGAUUCUGGAGCUGCAGCGCUCGGCGGACUCCCUGGAGGUGGCGCUCCAGGUGCAGCACAAGCUGAAGGACUGCCUGCAGAACUCCCUGUGUGAGGCUGAGGCCCGCUGUGGCAUAGAGCUGGCUCAGAUGCAAAGCCUCAUCAGCAACGUGGAGGAGCAGCUGGCAGAGAUCCGGGCUGACUUGGAGUGGCAGAACCAGGAGUACCAGGUGCUUCUGGAUGUCAAGGCCCGGCUGGAGAAUGAGAUUGCCACCUACCGGCACCUUCUGGAGCACGAGGACUGCAAACUUCCCUGCAACCCGUACGUGACCCCAGCCUUGAGCAGCCCUUGUCCAGUCCCUGCAACCUGUGCUACCUGCCCUCGAGCCUCCCGUGGACUCUGCUCCUUUGUUGGAUGCUGA